UAUGUUACCCUGCAGUAAUUUGAUGGUGUUUUUUACAGGCCCUCAUCUCCAAUUUGAGGAUGAGGUUACUUCUUUACAGCUUCAAGUGGACAAGCUCACUGCUUUGGGAGUUAAUAAGAUCAUUGCCCUUGGACAUUCUGGCUUCGCAGUGGACAAAAAGAUUGCCAAGAAAGUUCGGGGAGUGGAUGUUGUGAUUGGAGGACACACCAAUACAUUCUUAUUCACAGGAGAUCCCCCAUCCUCAGAGGUUCCUGCAGGACCAUACCCGUUCAUGGUCGAUUCUGAGGAUGGGCGUCAGGUUCCUGUGGUCCAGGCCUAUGCAUUUGGAAAAUAUCUGGGAUUCCUAAAAGUGACUUUUGAUUCAAAUGGAAAUGUGUUGAAAUAUUCAGGCAACCCAAUUCUUCUGAACAGCUCAGUAACUCCAGAUCCAGAGAUUCAGGCUGAAGUGGACAAUUGGAGGAAGAAUCUGGCCAAUUACUCUUCUCAGUAUGUAGGACAGACUCUUGUCUAUCUCAAUGGAACUUUUGAGGAAUGUCGAUUUCGUGAAUGUAAUUUGGGAAAUUUAAUCUGUGAUGCCAUGGUCCACACUAAUAUUAAACAUGCUGAUGAAACCCAGUGGAACCACGUCAGCUCUUGUAUUCUGAACGGUGGAGGCAUUCGAUCAGCUAUUGAUGAGCGAAACAGAAAUGGUUCGAUCACCAUGGAGGAUCUGAUCGCGGUGUUGCCGUUUGGAGGCACUUUUGACCUGGUCCAAAUGAAUGGAUCGACUCUGCGACAGGUCUUUGAGCACUCAGUUCACAGAUAUGGAGGAAGCACUGGAGAAUUCCUACAGGUGUCAGGUUUUCAGCUGGUGUAUGAUUUAUCAAAACUGCCUGGAAACCGUGUUAAAAGCGUGAAUGUGCUCUGCACCGAGUGCCGAGUGCCCCGUUAUGAGCCGCUCGACCCCAAGAAGGUGUAUAAAGUGGUGCUGCCCUCUUACCUAGUGGACGGAGGAGAUGGAUACUCCAUGAUCAAAGAGCAGAAACUCAAACAUGACAGUGGCGACAUGGAUAUCUCAGUUGUUGCCAGCUACAUCUCAGAGAGGAAGAGAGUUCAUCCAGUUGUGGAAGGACGUAUUCAGUUUUCCAGCUCUUGCAUUGGACAUCGAGGAUACAUGCCCAUCAUUCUGCUGGUGUGGGCUCUCUGGGUCAUGAUUGUUUAGCCAGUCAGAUUGCUUUCAAUGUACUUGAGUAACAACAUGUAGCGUCAGAGGAAAACAAGAAACUUUUAAUCCAAAGAUUAGUUGCCUUCAUAGAAGUAAACAGUUCAGAUGAACUGACCAUUAACACUGUGAUCAGGACCGCCACUCGUCUUGUUGCACGAGUUGUCAUUAGAGCAAUACGGAGAUCUUCUAUUCAGGCAUUUACUACUAUGAGGAAUCCCACAAGAAAUGUACAGGUCAUUUAUCAACCCACAAUGAUUUUUUUGCAUAAAAAUACAUUUUUAAAGUCCAUUAAGCUAUUUCUGUGAUGAUAUUUAUAGAUAUUUAUCACUCAUUCAAAUUCUCAUUAUUACAAUGUGAAAAUAAGACUACAUAAUGGUAGUAUGAUUUAAUUCAUGCAGACUUUCUUAGCCGGAUGAUUUUUAUUGUUUUGUAUAUCAGUAAUACAUUUUUGGGCCUACCCAAAUGUUGUUUUUUUUUGUUUUUUUUAAUCAGGACUUGUAUAUGGGUAAGUUUCAUAAAAAAAAAUAUUACUUUUUGAGCAAAAAGCUGGGAUCACAUUUGUUUUCUAAAGACUACAACGUGCAUAAGAUGGUUUAAUCGUUUGUUUCUGCUUCUUUUUUUGCCAAUGUUUUGAUCCAGAGUUUCUGUACUCUUAUAACAUAUACCGUAUAACGAUGAUGACCUGUACAUAUUUUCAAGAGAUUCUUCUUGGGUAGAGGUUUAAUGUAUAUAUAAUUACAAUUAAUUAGCACAACUUGUCAAGAUUAUAGAUGCUGAUCUGUGAUUUCUUCUUUGUCUGGCAAUAAAUCACCACUCUCUUUUCUUAGAGUUGCUAUUCUUGUUCCUAUAAAGCAGUAGAACAUAUAUAUUUAAAACAAAUUAAUUCAUUUAUUCUAAUACAUAUGACCAGGGACAAAAGAGUUGGAUAUAUUACAUUUUAAUAUAGAGAGCAAAGAGCAUUUACAAAACCCCUUUCCCCACAGGACUUUUAUUUCACACACAGCUCUUAACUGACACUAUAUGAAAUGUAUCAGUUAUAUUUUUUUUCACUUGUUUCUGUAUUUUGUCUUAACGGACUGUCUAGAAUGUAAAAUGGUCACAAAGAUGUUGAUUCAAACUCCUGAUGUUGUUACAAUUUAAACAAGAAUGGAAAAAUAAGGCAGGGAUCCAAUGAUACAAUAAAAUAGUCACA